UCGAAGUAUCGAAGUCAGCCACACCGCGCGGAACACCACACCAGCAGGCAGAGACAGACCGGAGACCCUUUGCCCUACCUAGCAACAGCAAACCCGCGCCGGAGAAGAACGCUUGCUGCCCCGCCCCCGCCCCGGAGUAGGAAUUCGCGGAGGAGUUCAACAUCAUGGCUCCGAAGAUGGCCACCCUUACGCGCCUCGUGCGGAGCGUGUCCGGACGAAACAUUGUGGCCGCCACCAUCAUCGAACACCCGGACACGAUCAAGGCCAACGAGGCCGCCGCCGCCGCCGCUGCCGCCGAAAAGGCUAAGGAAAAGCCGGAACCCCUGGAAAAGAUCAAGGAGGCGACGCCGGCAGAUGGUGGAGGCAAGAAAAAGAACAAGGGCAAGAACAAGCAGAAAGGUGGCGGUGCGGCCGCCGUUGCCGUAGCCGCGGCAGCGGCAGCGAUCGCCAAGGCCACUGGCGCUGGGGGCAAGAGUGAGGGCGACGGAGGAGACAAGGGUGAGGAGGAGGAGGAAGAGACGCCGGCGGAGGCGGAGGAGGACGAGGACGACAAGGAGGAGGAGGAUGACGAAGAUUUCCCGACGUUCAUGAUGCCCCUGCGCGUGGUCACCAUGCAGUACCCGUACGGAAUGUACAUGGGCCAGGCGAUCCCGGAUGCAAGGCUUGGAAGCGACAUCCCUCACGGACGGGGGAGCUUCUUCUACAAUGACGGAGCCGUCUACGAAGGAGACUGGAAGCACGGCAACUGGGAGGGGCAGGCGGUCAGGACCUGGCCUCUCGGCGCUCGGUACGAGGGAGAGUUCAAGAACAACCUGCAGCACGGACAGGUGGGUGAAGCAGAGGGGCGCAAGGGAGGGAAGCGGUGUGCACCAGACAAAAUGUUUAGCCUUCAGCUUGCAGGAGUCGCGCUGACCGGAGCAGCCUUGUUUGUGGUGCUAUCGUGCGCGUGGGGUUUCAGGGCUGAGCCGCGCGGCACCCUCAUGCUUCCCAACGGAGGCGGUGGCUACUCUGGAGAAUGGGAGCAUGGCUACCAACACGGCAAGGGCAUCCUCACCACGCCCGACGGACAGACGUGCGAGGGAGACUUCGUGGAGGGCAACCCGCACGGCAAGGGCAUCAUGAAGACUCCGGACGGGAUGGUGUACGAAGGAGAUUUCGAGAACGGCCUCCCCCACGGCAAGGGUGUUACGACGUACUUGGACGGCAGUCGUUACGAGGGAGAGUUCCAGGAAGGCGCGAUGCACGGCGAGGGUACCACCUUCACCGCAGAUGGGACCGUCAUCCGCAAGGGGGUUUGGGCCGACGACGAGGAAGUGACCGCAUGACAUGGCAACAUGACACGACG